AUGUAUACUAUAUUGUAUGAGUAUGGUGAUCUUCCAAAUUCAUACUUUACUCCCUCGUUUCAAAUUCCUUUUGAAGUAAUUGGUUGUUAUAUCGACGGAAAAUUUCAUAGUAGAUACGUAGUUUCAAGUUCUAAAUUGACUGAUUUUAAUGCGGUGAACUGCAAGCAUAGUAUCACAGUACCUAGAAAAAAGAAAUCUUUGCCAAACAAAUCACGCGUUAUGGAGGGUAUUUUAGUCCAAGGAUUUGAGGUGAGAUGGAACAUUGGAACGGUGUUGGGAAAGACAGGAACAUGGAAUUUGAAAAAGAAAAUCAUCAUUGGAAAACUACCAGAUGGGCGUGAAGUGGCAGUGAAAAGGCUUUUUAAAUACGGCGUCAAUAAUGAACAACAAUUUCUUAACGAAAUAAAUAUACUAGCAAGAACUUUUCAUCGUAAUCUCAUCUUAUUAUAUGGUUGCACAUCACUCAAAAGUCGUCGUGCUUUGGUUGUCUACGAGUAUGUUCCUAAUGGACCUUUGAGUGAUCAUCUUCAUGGUGAUAAAGCAACACCUAAUAAACUUCCUUGGAACAUUAGGAUGAGGAUUGCCGUGGAGACAACAGAUGCAUUGAACCAUCUUCACGCUUCUCAUAUCAUUCAUAGGGAUAUUAAAACGAGUAAUAUUCUCUUAGAUGCCGAAUACCAUGUUAAAGUAGAUGAUUUUGGACUUUCGCGCCUCUUUCCUAAAGAUCAAAGUCAUGGUUUAACAAUUCCACAACGGACAUCAGGCUAUGUAGAUCCCGAGGACAAUCGAACUAAUGCACUUACUUACAAAAGUGAUGUGUUCAAUUUUGGAGUGGUGUUGAUUGAACUCAUAACAUCUUUGCGUGCUUAUGAUCGCAACAGAAAGGAUGAUGGUGUCAAUCUUUUUGAUACAGAUUCCAUGGUAAAGCAAAUGAUUAAUGGGGUUGCCGAGUUAGCACUUUCUUGUCUCCAAAGUUCCGGUGAUAUGAGACCGACAAUGGAAUCUGUGCUCCAAUGUUUACAAAGUUUCAAGGAUGUGAAAGAAAUCCAACCUCAAGUAGCCGGCAGUUCUAGCCCAAAUGAUGAAAUAGUGUUGCUGAAUAAUGAUCUAGCUUGA